CAACAGGUGGCCAGUGCACACCUUUUCGCAAUUUGAUACACGCUAUAUUCGCCCGAUAAGGGUGGGCCUGCAUGUACCUUGCUCAGCUAGAACUGUGGGACACUCAACAGAUAAAGAACUAACUACCUCGGCAGGAUCCUGGGGGUUGAGCAGAGGAAGGCUUCACCUGCUGCUGUGAGAUCAUGGCACAGAGCCCUCAGCCCUGGACCAGGGGAGACAGCUAGGUAGCUCUUCCUUGUGAAGGAACCAAGUUGCACAAGAUUAGCAUCGUUUUGUUCUCAUGUUUUUCUGUUUCUCAAAAAAAAAAAAAUUCCAGUUAUUGGUGUGCUUUCUAAAACAGUUGGCUUGAAUUCUGAGUAGAAGCAUUCUUAAUUGGGACUUUGUGGGAUGUAAAUCAAGGUAAUUGAGGGUUUUUUUUUUUAAGUUUUCUAUUUUUACAAUCAAAAGUAGCUGGCGUAGGAGGAAGACUUUUGUGAGCUUUUUCCUCUUUUGUCAGAAGGGAAAAGAAAAAUGCAUCCUCCAGAAGCCACUGCCAAGAUGUCUUCAGUUCGGUUCAUGGUGACACCAACAAAGAUUGAUGACAUUCCAGGUUUGUCAGACACCAGCCCAGAUCUCAGCUCUCGAUCCAGUUCCCGAGUAAGAUUUAGCUCCCGGGAAAGUGUGCCAGAAACUAGCAGGAGUGAGCCAAUGAGUGAAAUGUCUGGGGCCACUACUUCGCUGGCAACUGUUGCCCUGGAUCCUGCCAGUGACCGGACUUCUAACCCCCAGGAUGUCACUGAGGACCCAAGUCAGAACUCCAUCACAGGGGAGCACAGCCAGCUGUUAGAUGAUGGGCGUAAGAAAGCUCGAAAUGCUUAUCUCAGUAAUUCCAGUUAUGAAGAAGGAGACGAGUACUUUGAUAAAAACUUGGCACUCUUUGAGGAAGAAAUGGACACCAGACCAAAGGUGUCUUCUCUCCUGAACCGCAUGGCCAAUUACACUAACCUGACACAAGGAGCAAAAGAACAUGAAGAGGCAGAAAACAUCACUGAAGGGAAAAAGAAGCCUACCAAGAGCCCCCAGAUGGGUACCUUCAUGGGUGUCUACCUCCCUUGUCUACAAAAUAUUUUUGGAGUGAUCCUCUUCCUACGUCUUACAUGGGUUGUGGGCACAGCAGGAGUUCUUCAGGCCUUUGCAAUUGUCCUUAUCUGCUGCUGCUGUACAAUGUUGACUGCUAUCUCCAUGAGUGCCAUUGCCACUAAUGGAGUGGUGCCAGCUGGGGGUUCGUACUUCAUGAUUUCCAGAGCGCUGGGCCCAGAGUUUGGAGGGGCUGUUGGGCUCUGCUUUUAUCUUGGUACCACAUUUGCAGCAGCCAUGUAUAUUCUUGGUGCCAUUGAAAUUUUUCUGGUAUAUAUUAUUCCCCGAGCUGCCAUCUUUCGUAGCGAUGAUGCACUCAAGGAAUCAGCAGCCAUGCUAAAUAACAUGCGUGUCUAUGGCACAGCCUUCCUGGUCCUCAUGGUUUUGGUGGUAUUCAUCGGCGUUCGCUAUGUGAAUAAGUUUGCCUCACUUUUCUUGGCCUGUGUUAUUGUGUCCAUCUUGGCUAUCUACGCUGGUGCCAUCAAGUCUUCUUUUGCUCCACCGCACUUCCCUGUCUGCAUGCUGGGUAACCGCACCCUUUCAUCAAGGCAUAUUGACGUUUGCUCUAAGACCAAGGAAGUAAACAACGUGACAGUACCAUCAAAGUUAUGGGGAUUCUUCUGUAACUCAAGUCAGUUUUUCAAUGCCACCUGUGAUGAAUACUUUGUUCACAAUAAUAUCACAUCAAUCCAAGGCAUUCCUGGUUUGGCUAGUGGUAUCAUUACAGAAAACCUUUGGAGUAAUUAUCUACCAAAAGGAGAAAUCAUUGAGAAACCCUCAGCCAAAUCUUCAGAUGUCUUGGGCAGCUUAAAUCAUGAAUAUGUUCUUGUUGACAUUACCACCUCCUUCACUCUUCUGGUGGGAAUCUUCUUUCCCUCUGUCACAGGUAUCAUGGCUGGAUCAAACAGAUCUGGAGAUCUGAAAGAUGCUCAGAAGUCCAUUCCCAUUGGAACUAUCCUUGCCAUCUUGACCACAUCCUUCGUCUAUUUAAGCAAUGUUGUCCUUUUUGGUGCAUGUAUUGAAGGAGUUGUUCUCAGAGACAAAUUUGGUGAUGCUGUGAAAGGUAAUUUGGUGGUAGGCACCUUAUCUUGGCCAUCCCCAUGGGUAAUUGUGAUUGGCUCCUUCUUUUCAACUUGUGGGGCUGGACUUCAGAGCCUCACAGGUGCACCAAGGCUGCUGCAGGCUAUUGCCAAGGAUAACAUCAUACCUUUCCUAAGGGUUUUUGGUCACAGCAAAGCUAAUGGGGAGCCUACCUGGGCUUUACUUCUAACUGCUGCCAUUGCGGAGCUGGGAAUCCUCAUCGCCUCCCUGGAUCUUGUGGCACCAAUUCUUUCCAUGUUUUUUCUCAUGUGUUACCUCUUUGUGAACCUGGCAUGUGCCUUGCAGACAUUACUUCGAACACCCAACUGGAGGCCUCGGUUCCGCUAUUAUCACUGGGCCCUCUCUUUCAUGGGAAUGAGUAUCUGUCUGGCUCUGAUGUUCAUUUCUUCUUGGUAUUAUGCCAUUGUAGCUAUGGUAAUAGCUGGUAUGAUCUACAAAUACAUUGAGUACCAAGGAGCUGAGAAAGAAUGGGGUGAUGGCAUCCGUGGGCUGUCACUUAGUGCAGCCCGGUUUGCUUUGCUCCGGCUAGAAGAAGGACCUCCUCACACUAAAAACUGGAGGCCUCAGUUGCUUGUGUUGCUGAAACUGGAUGAAGAUUUACAUGUCAAGCAUCCUCGCCUCCUUACCUUUGCCUCACAGCUCAAAGCAGGAAAGGGUCUCACUAUUGUGGGCUCUGUCAUUGUGGGGAACUUUCUAGAGAACUAUGGUGAAGCUUUAGCUGCUGAGCAGACCAUUAAGCACCUAAUGGAGGCAGAGAAGGUAAAAGGCUUCUGCCAGCUGGUGGUGGCUGCCAAGCUGAAGGAAGGCAUCUCACACCUCAUCCAGUCCUGUGGCCUUGGGGGCAUGAAGCACAACACAGUGGUGAUGGGCUGGCCUAAUGGCUGGCGUCAGAGUGAAGAUGCUCGUGCUUGGAAGACCUUCAUUGGUACUGUUCGUGUGACAACUGCUGCCCAUCUUGCCCUGCUGGUGGCUAAAAAUGUCUCCUUCUUUCCCAGCAACGUGGAGCAAUUUUCUGAGGGCAACAUUGAUGUGUGGUGGAUUGUGCAUGAUGGGGGGAUGCUCAUGUUGUUACCAUUCCUACUGAAACAGCACAAGGUGUGGCGAAAGUGCAGCAUACGGAUCUUCACGGUAGCCCAACUAGAAGACAACAGUAUCCAGAUGAAGAAGGACCUGGCCACCUUCCUCUACCACCUGCGCAUUGAAGCAGAAGUGGAAGUGGUGGAGAUGCAUGACAGUGACAUAUCAGCUUAUACUUAUGAGCGCACCCUGAUGAUGGAGCAGAGGUCCCAGAUGCUCCGGCACAUGCGACUGUCCAAAACAGAGCGGGACAGAGAGGCACAACUGGUGAAAGAUCGAAACUCAAUGCUGCGAUUAACCAGUAUUGGCUCUGAUGAGGAUGAAGAGACAGAAACUUAUCAGGAGAAGGUGCACAUGACUUGGACAAAGGAUAAAUACAUGGCAUCCCGGGGGCAAAAAGCCAAGUCAAUGGAAGGAUUUCAGGACCUACUCAAUAUGCGUCCGGACCAGUCCAAUGUGAGACGGAUGCACACAGCAGUGAAGCUCAAUGAGGUUAUAGUUAAUAAAUCCCAUGAAGCAAAGCUGGUUUUGCUGAAUAUGCCAGGGCCACCCCGAAACCCUGAAGGUGAUGAAAACUACAUGGAAUUCCUAGAAGUGCUCACAGAGGGAUUAGAACGAGUCCUCCUUGUCCGGGGUGGUGGCAGUGAAGUGAUCACUAUUUAUUCAUAAUCUACUUCUGAAAGAUUCUGCUUGAUCUCACCUUUCGCUAAAAGGCUCCCAUCGUCCAUGGAGAUGACAGCUCUUUCUUACCACUCCUACUCUCCUAGAGGCCUGUGUUCUGCACACAUUGCACCAAACUCUUGCUGAGCUGAGCCCCAAGUAUUAUGCUCUCAGCUGCCAUAUGAUCUAUCCUAAACAAAAGCAGCAAAUAUCCCAUGAACAUCAAAAGAACGGUCAAGUCCUAAAAGCCAUUUCCAUGCCAGUAGAAGGCAAUCCAAAUUAACAAGCAAAACCAAGGGGAAACUUUCGGCACUGCUGAAAAAAGUGACUUGGUAAAAGAUGUUAGAAAUUCAACUAAAAGCAAAAUGCAAGGACAUAUCCAACAUUCAAGAUGAAUCUCAGAAGUCAUGGUUCAAUGAUGGUACCAGAGGGGUAACAGGCAGCCAGCCUCACCGUAGUAAAGAAUGAAUGGCCAAGUUUAUGGGUGUCUAUUAUUACUGUGGAGAUAGUCUGUGGUAAGCCAAGAUGGAAACCCAGGAUGCUAAUGUACAAAACCUGAGACAAAGCUGCAGCCUCUACUUCUUCAAAAAUCAGAUUUCCCCAAAUACCAAGUUUUAACAUCUGUACUGUGUCAGUAUAUAUUUCAACUGUUUUUCUUUUAAAACCCAUUCUGUGGUUGUGAUACAGUGUUACUAUUGUUUUUUGCAAGGUAAAAAAUUUUCUUUCAAGUUCCUUUCAAAUGGCUGAACUAAGGGAAUUCCAGAGUACUUAGUAAGAUGUGCAGAAAUAUAGUCUGUGGUUAGCUAUGCAACAUAAAGCAUACAAGAUAUUAUCUAAGACAUGCAGAUUCACCAGUAGGUUCUCGUUUUCUUUUUAUACCCCGAGUUGUCACAAGUUAAAAACAAAAACAAACAACAACAAAAACAUAAGAAGCACUAGGAAGACUAGCUAAAUUAACUUUCUAAAAGCUCUGGGCCAUCUUUUUAAAGGGGGAAUUCAGCAGUGGAAUUUUAAGUUCUGGAGCCAUACCCUUUCCACAGUGCCAAAAUUAUCUGCUACUCUUAACUGCUUCAAGUGGCAGAAAGAUUUGCAUUGGCCUGGUUCAAACUGUUCUUUCACAAGAAAUCUGUGGCCUCACCUCAUCUCCAAAGCCAUAGUUAAGACUUGAGGCACUCAUAUAAAUGCCCAGAGUUUUUCAAUUUUAUUCAUUCUGACUGCAAAACUUGGCUCUGAACUAAGUGGUUACCAAGCCAAGUCUGUUGCUAUGCCCCUUUUGUUUUCAGAAAGCUCUAAAUGUGCCAAAGAAAUACUUGUGCAAGCUCAGCUUUUUAUUUUCUAAUUUAGUGAUCACAAAUACCUGGAUUACCAGCAUAGGGAAACUUUUAUGGCUGAGCAAUAAUUUAAAGUAUAUAAAAAUCUUCCAUUUCCUUUACAAGAUAGUUAUUUAAGGAACUAUCUUAUUGCUUACAUUCACGGCAUAUAUUAAACUUCCCUUUAUUAACUUUAUUAAUGAUAGUGCCAUUCUUCUUUCAUUACCCAAUAGGAUCUGAAUCACCAAGAAUUCAUUUAACCCAGAGACGGGGGGUGGGGUGGGUGGGUGGUGGAAACACCUUCAAUAUGGCUUAAGAGACUGAUUUGUUCCCCCUUUUCCGCUUCCAUCCCCCCAGACCCACUCAAGGUAGUAAAGUGAAUAGGAUCUUGAAUCUUUUUUCUGCUCCUUCCUACAAAGAGCAGAAACUGUGUUUAUAGCUCCCAUUCCAACAUUCCAUUGUGUAGCUGAGUAUAUAGUCCCCUAAGAUCCAAGAUUUAAAACACCCAAUCUGUAAAGGUCAGCCUGCCCUGGAAUUCCCCAACAUUUACAUUUAUCCUUGGCCAAAAUGAUAUAUUUUUUCCAUAUAGGACAAAUAUGGGCAGAAAAUAAGAUUAAUUUUAGAAAAGCUGUUUGUUGUUGGAGCUCUGUAUGAGUCGUUUAAAGGGGUAAGAGAAAUCAGUGGCUAUUAAUAUAUAGCCACUGCCUUGGUCCCCAAAACACACAAUCACUGUUACAUGGAAAAAUGGUUAUUAGGCCAGAUUUAUACUUGUCUCUGUCUAGAGCAUUUCAUGUCUAUGUGUUGCUUUUGCUGUCUGUCUGCAAAGUGUUUUGUCUCUCUUAAUCACUGCACAUAAAGCAAUACUAAAAACCUGAGAGAAAAAUGCACCUUAGGAGAACGGGCUCUGUUUCAAAAGAGAAGAAAAAGGACCUUCUCCUGCCUUUUGAAUACAAUCCAGCUUUUAUGUCUUACCUAUGACUUUACCAGGGCAGGUUAUGAUGAUAUACAUUCUCACACCAAUGGCCCUUAGCCUUCCAUAGCUAUCUUAAAAGCUGGAGUUUGAACUGUAGGGUCUGCUUGACAGGUGCCAGCUUCCUCUUGGCAGGGGAAAGGUCACUGCUCUUUAUCUUCCGUUGCCUCCCUUUUCUUGUGGCCCCAAGGAUCCCACCAGUCCUCAUUCCCCCUAGAUGUUAAAAAUUCCUUAUUGUGGAUAUUAAAAUAAGUUACACUGUAAGCUUAUUUUACAUGCUCCUUUUUUUCUGGUUUAUUUUUCAUCAUGUAUAAUUUGAAUCCAGCAUUAGUUUCUCAAAGCUUCCAAAGUGUCUGCAAUAGAAUUUCUGUCUCAGCUUAUGCUAAAUAGAAGUGAAAUAUUAAAGAAAAUAGAUAUAAGGGGAACUUGUGCAACUUUUUUUAAAGCAUUGUUCUCAACCAUUUAAUUUAUUGAAAGGAAAUGCUGCUACAGUCCUUGGUUUAGCAGCUACUAUUCUUUUGUUUACAUAGAGUUCUGAUUUUGUUGUUUUGCUCUGUACUGGAAACAUAAAUAAAGUUUUCUACAUUAUUUUCA